UGUCAUUUGCCAAUGUUGUUGAAUAGUUCGAUCAGAAAGUAAACAAAAAAAUCACAGAGUUCAUCAGUUUACAAUUGGCAAAAUAAAAAACGAUCAAAAUGGAAGAAGAUGAUCCGAUAGAAAAGUCCGGUGAAUCGACUAGGAAAAAGGAAAAUAAACGCAAUCAGUUCUUAUCAUUGAAGACAAAACUCGAUAUUCUCAACAAAUUGAAUGACGGUGUCCGACCGAUAAGAAUUGCAAGUGAAUAUGGGAUAGCACUAUCAACCAUUUCGCGGCUGAAAAAGUGUAAAACAUCCCUUGAAGAGGCAAUGUCCAUGUAUCAGAAUAACUUAUCACGUCGGUCACUCAGAGGAACAUUUCAUCCCAAAAUGGAGAGUGCACUUCAUAAAUGGUACGUGGAACAAGGCGACAAAGGUAUUCCCGUGACCGGAUCCAUUCUAAGACUGAAAGCCCGUGAAUUGAAUAAGAAUAUCCACGAAAAUGAUUUGGAAUUUCGUGCCAGCCCCGGGUGGAUGGAAAAAUUUAAGAAAAGAUACGGGAUUCGACUCAAAAACUGUCGUGGGGAACGCAACACAACCGAUAACAUUGCAUUCAACUAUGACGACAAUGACGAUGCGAACGAAGCAAAACCUGAUGUUGAGGUAAAAACUGAAGAUGUUUUGUACGAGCCAGCAUUUGUGACAGUAAGCAAUUUGGAAGAUGAACCAUUGAUUCUGGAAAAGAACGAGUCGAAUAACAAAGGGAAAAAUUACUCAAAAGUCAUGAAUUGCGUGGAUGAGGUGAUUCAAUGGAGUGUUGACAAUGACAUCGAACCGCUGUAUUUGACAAUGCUCAAGAGCUUACGAGAACGCAUACGAUAUCAAGCUAGAACAUAAGUUUUAAUACAAUCAUUAACAAUUUAAGACCAAAUGCAAAGUAAAAUUUCAAUAAGAACAUGAUUUCUAUGAUACA